AUGGACAUCGAUCUAAGUAGACGGAAUAAAAAGCCCCGCCCUUUGCUUGAAUCGGAGCGGGAGAGGCUUGAGGAAUUUAUUGAUUCUAUCCAUUAUUCUGCCAGAUACUCAGAUGACCAAUAUGAAUACCGCCACGUGCAGCUUCCUAAAAAUAUGCUCAAAAAGAUUCCAGCCGACUAUUUUGACAGCUCGAAGGGGACAUUGAAGCUGCUUUGGGAGGAUGAGUGGCGAGCCCUUGGCAUUACGCAGAGCUUGGGUUGGGAACAUUACGAAGUGCAUGAACCAGAACCGCAUAUCCUCCUAUUCAAGCGGCCCUUGAACUACCAACCUCCCGUGUCACAGUAA